GGCGGGGCCGGGCCUGCGGAGGCCGGGCGUGCGCCUGAGGGGUUGGGUCUGAGGGAGGCCGCGCCUGCGGAAGGCCGCGCCGCCAUGCCGAAGGUGGUGUCCCGCUCCGUCGUGUGCUCCGACACCCGCGACCGGGAGGAGUACGACGAUGGGGAGAAGCCGCUUCACGUGUACUACUGCCUGUGCGGGCAGAUGGUGCUGGUGCUGGACUGCCAGCUGGAGAAGCUGCCGAUGCGGCCGCGGGACCGCGCCCGGGUGAUGGACGCCGCCAAGCACGCCCACAAGUUCUGCAACGCCGAGGAGGAGGAGUGCGUGUUCCUGCGCAGGCCGGAAGGCAUAGAGCGGCAGUUCAGGAAGAAGUGUGGCAAGUGUGGCCUGCUGCUGUUUUAUCAACACCAACAGAAAAACGCUCCCGUGACGUUCAUUGUUGAUGGUGCUGUGGUCAAAUUUGGCCAAGGUUUUGGAAAAACAAACAUAUAUACUCAGAAACAAGAACCUCCCAAAAAGGUGAUGAUGACCAAACGGACCAAAGACAUGGGCAAGUUCAGUUCUGUCACAGUCUCCACGAUUGAUGAAGAGGAAGAGGAGAUUGAAGCAAGGGAGAUUGCAGACUCCUAUGCACAGAAUGCAAAGGUGAUAGAGAAACAGCUGGAACGCAAAGGCAUGAGCAAAAGAAGGCUGCAGGAGUUGGCUGAGUUGGAAGCCAAGAAAGCCAAGAUGAAAGGAACCUUGAUUGACAACCAGUUCAAAUGAAACUCUGUGCAUCUGCUGAGUAUUGGGAGACAGGAGGCAGCUACCAGGAGCCAUCAUAGAGCUGUCAGCAAAGCAGAAGUAACAGAUAAUGUUCAAGGGCAAGGGGCUGCAGCUAGCUUGGAAGACAAGUGCCUCUGUCAAAAGGGAUCCUCUGGUAGCAAAUGUAGUAACUCCCACCAGCACUGGAGGCUUUGCUGAACCUGCAGUUCUCUACAGACCCGGUGCAACACACAAGCUGUUCCAGCCAGCAGGUCUGCUCUUGGGAGCAUCACCCAGGGAAGAUGAGGUCAGGGGCCUUUUACAUACCUGCCUUUUUAUUUUGGUAGUUGUCAAGUUUAGUAGUUUUCCAUAAAUGUAUUAUAACAAUAAAUCAACUGUACAACAAAGAAGUGGUUACAAAAGUGA